AUGGUUAAUCGUGAUUCAAUCAUUGAAUCUCCGCGAACUAUGAAAAUAGUAAUUAACUCAACGGCUGUGGAAUUUUUCUAUGAAAAAUGUCCGCAAAUAACAGAAAAUGAUGAACUCAGUUCUAAUUCAAAUACACAUGCUUCACAAAUAAUGGCGACAACUGAAACAUCUACGACCUCCUAUUCCCGAUGUGUUCCGGCUCCGCCGAUCAAUCGUCUCUCCAUUGCAGAUUUGUUCGACUCACAAGCUGGUGGUGGAAAACCUAAACUCGAUCGUUUGCGUGAACAUCUUCUUGCCGAAGGACGUCUUCAAGAAGACGCUGCUCUGUUGAUCAUUGAACGUGGUGAAGCCCUAUUACGAGCAGAAAAUAAUCUAAUUGACUUAGAAGCUCCGAUCACUGUCUGUGGUGACAUUCACGGGCAAUUUUAUGAUCUGAUGAAAUUGAUCGAAGUUGGCGGUCCGCCAGCAAGUACGCGCUAUUUAUUUAUGGGUGAUUAUGUUGAUCGCGGUUAUUUUUCUAUCGAAUGUGUUCUUUAUCUAUGGGCACUUAAAAUUCAUUAUCCAACGACGUUCUAUCUUCUUCGUGGCAAUCACGAGUGUCGACAUUUGACUGAAUAUUUUACUUUCAAAACUGAAUGUAAAAUCAAAUAUACUGAGCGUGUUUAUGAUGCAUGUAUGCGUGCAUUCGAUUGUUUACCAUUAUCCGCACUUAUUGACAAGCAAUUUUUUUGUGUUCAUGGUGGUCUGUCGCCUGAAAUUCAUACGUUGGAUGAUAUCAAGAAGCUAGAUCGUUUCAAAGAACCUCCGCCUUACGGUCCAAUGUGUGAUUUACUAUGGAGUGACCCCGUGGAAGAUUACGGUCAUGAGAAAUCUUACGAUGAAAAAUAUCUAUUUAAUGCUACACGUGGUUGUUCAUAUUUUUAUACGUUCAAAGCUGUAAAUGAUUUUCUUGCACGAAAUUCUCUUCUGACUGUUAUACGCGCACAUGAAGCUCAGGAUGUUGGAUAUCGAAUGUAUCGUAAAUGUCCUCAAAGUGGUUUUCCAUCGUUAAUGACGAUAUUCUCUGCCCCGAAUUAUCUCGAUGUUUAUCAAAAUAAAGCAGCUAUACUCAAAUACGAUACGAAUAUCGUGAAUAUUCGACAAUUUAACUCAUCACCGCAUCCGUAUUGGUUGCCGAACUUUAUGAAUGUUUUUACAUGGUCAUUACCAUUCGUAGGCGAGAAAGUAACGGAAAUGUUGAUUAAUAUAUUAAAUAUAUGCAGUGAAGAAGAACUUAUAACAAGUUUAUUAGCUGAUCAACAGAAUGAUAAUGAGAAUCAAUUUCGUCGUGAAGCUAUUCGUUCGAAAAUACGUGCAGUGGGCAAAAUGGCAAAGGUCUACUCCUCACUACGUGAAGCAAGUGAAAAUGUUUUAAACUUGAAAGGUUUAGCACCUGUGUCGCCUUCAACAUCAACAGCAAAUCUCAAUGAGCUUGUCGAUGAUGAUGGAAGCGAUUCAUCGGAACAUCGAAAAGUGCCCACGGACUUCUCAUUCUCAACAGCGAAAACUUUCGAUCAGAUCAAUGAACGCAUGCCACCAUGGACCGACGCUGAACGACAACAACGUUUAGCAAACAAAGCUCAAACACAAUCGACGACAAGCAACGAAGAUCUCCCUACACACUAUACUGCGAGUGAUAACGAACCAAUAAUAACAACUGAAAGAGAUACAAUUACACAUCCACCGAUUCUUAUUAUACAGAAAGACGACGACAAAAUUGUUAAUGGUAUUGAAAAUAUUCAAACAACAGUGAAACCUCUGCCGACGGAAAGCAAAUCGGAUUCGUUUUCAACAUCAGUUACGCCCAAUCUCGGUGAUCAGGAUCAUGAUGAUCUUGAGCAUAUUGAAAUCAAACUUGAGAAAACUUCAGAAGAACAAUCAACGAUACCAUCAUCCAAAUCGAAUAUUAACAAUCGACAUUCCCCUCAAUGUGCCAACUCCACUACCACAAGUGGAUUUUCUCUGAAGAAUCCUGUCAGUUCAUUUCGUUCAUGGGUAUCGAACAAGAAGACAUCAAAAGAAGAUCCAACAUCGCCUGAUCAAUCUACGAAUACCACAUGCAAAAAGGUGGAAACAACGCCCACACCUCGCAAGUCUUCAAUCGACCUCGAUACAUCGAAACGAUCGCGAACUAAUUCAGCAACCGUGCCCAAUACGAGUAGCUAUUAUCAAGAGAACGACACGACGAACAAUUCAGCACGUGUUAAAAAGAAAUCCUCAUUUUCUAUACGUCCGACCAAUCCUAUUUCAUUACUCAAACGUUCGACUGAAGCCCCAACAGCGAAUCCAACUGAAAGCGAGGCCAUGGAACAAUCAGGAACAGGCAAUACAACAUUUGGCUAUCUGAAAAAUCUCAUGUCGACAAAAGAAAAACUUGAUGACAAAUCAUCAACUACCAAUCAACAAGAUGAUGACAUGGAUCGAUUAGCGCGUCAAAUGUUAUUAGAGGAAGCCAAGAGAAAUAAAAUUCGAGCGGAAACUCAAGGUGCACUUGGUUGGCAAAAGCCGACCUUGGUUACAAAUCGCAAGUUUCUUCGAAAUACAUUAAUUUCCAAUGCUGUACAUAAUAUUCAUAAGAACGAACAAGAAAAGCGGCAGCGGCAACGAUCCACGAUGGAGAGAAAACGAUCACGUUCACCACUUCCAUCGUCGUCGUCGUCGGCAUCCUCAUCGAGAAAGCAACGAGAUUAUCAUGAUGAUGAACGAUCAUCAAAACGAGCCAAAAAUACGAAAUAA